AUGGUCACAGAUCAAUUCGGUAUUAUUUAUGGCGCUGCACUGAUUAGUGGUGGUUUACUCGGAUACUUUCGUAGUAGUAGCUUGAUCUCACUUUUAAUCGGUGUUGUUUUGGGCGCCUGGUCUGUUUACAAUGCAAUGCAUCCUAGUCGUCAAAAUAAUGUUGCUAAUUUAGCUAUUGCAGCAGUUCUUGGUAUUAUAAUGUUAUUACGCUUUUUGAUCGGUGGUAAAGUAUUUCCGGCACUUGUUCUUGUUGCCUUAUCAGCCGUGCAAGUCUAUCGCAAUUAUCCAUAUUUGAAAUAA